CGCGAGAUCCGAACGUCGGCGGCGGCGGUUCGCGCCGGUCCCUGAGGCGUCCCGAGCCCGGGACGUGCGUCCUGCUGGCUUGGUCUCCUCAGCGGCCAUGAGGCGCAGAGGCCCUGAGGAGGAGGCCUGCGGUGUGUGGCUGGACGCGGCGGCGCUGAAGAGACGGAAAGUGCAGAAACAUUUAAUCAAUCCAGGCACCAAAAUGCUAACCCUCUUUCCUGGAGAAAGAAAGGCUAAUGUUUCUUUCACACAAAGAAGAACUCCACCUACAGGUGCUCAGCAAAGAAGCAUUGCUUCCUUCUUCACCUUACAGCCAGGAAAGACAAAUGGUGGUGACCAGAAGCGUGUUUCAUCUCAUACAGAAAGUCAGAUCAACAAAGAGUCCAAGAAAGAUGCAACCCAGCUAGACCAUUUAAUCCAAGGCUUGAGGGGUGGUUGCAUAGCUCCCCCUUUAGCCACUUCAACCCCGGCAGACAUCCAGGAAGAUGGACUUUCCCCUCAAUUCCUCCAGACUUCUGACCACCACAGAAUGGAAACCCCACUUUUUACUGUGCUGUCUUUGCCCCAGCCUGAUAACCAAGACUGUGUGGGAGAGAGUAAUACCUCUCUAGCUUUUUCCUUCACCCAGGACUUGGAAAGUUCUUGUUUGCUGGACCAAGAGGAAAGGAGGGUUUCUGCCAGGAAAAGAGAAUGGCUUCAUGGAUCCAAGAAGAACUAUCAGGGCAUGGACAGAUACAGCAAAUCACCUGGGGACAAAUGCUGUCAGCCUUUGGACAAGACUAAAUUGGAGAGGAAGAUGUCUGCCAAAGAAAACAGGCAGGCCCCUGUCCUCCUUCAAACUUGUGGGGCAUCCCGGAGUGGAGAAAACACAGAAUCAGUGAAACAAAGCCAUUGUCCUGCUUCUGUGUUUUCCUGGGACAGUGAAAAGAAUGACAAGGACUCCUGGAGUCAGCUUUUCACUGAAGAUUCUCAGGGCCAGCAGGUUAUUGCCCACAACACUAGAGCUCCUUUCCAAGAUGUAACCAAUGGCUGGAAUCAGGGCUUAGGGCCAUUUCCUAAUAGCCCUUGGGCUCAGUGCCAGGAUAAGCUGACUCAAAGUCUUCAGACUGAUUUGCUCUUUACCCAGGACUCUGAAGUUCAAGCUCUAGCUUGUCAGCAAGACUUGCAGAUUUGUCAUUGA